CUCAGCGCUUCUGAAGGUGACCACGCCCAAUCAGCUGGUUCCUGUCUGAAGUCCAGAGACGCUGUUGAGCAAACUUUUCCGGGCUGCUCUCCAGUUUCACGGUGAGCCCCGUGCUGUUGGGUGUAGGUUUGGUUCUGUUAAAGUCCGCAGGUGGGUGCCGUCAUGUCCCUGACGGACCAGCAGUGGUGUCCCACGAGCGUCCAGGUAACGGUGCUCCAAGCCAGAGGCCUCCGGAUCAAAGGGAAAAACGGCACCAAUGACGCCUACGCGGUCAUGCAGGUGGGCAAGGAGAAGUUCCAGACGUCCGUGGUGGAGAAGAGCGUGACUCCGGUGUGGAAGGAGGAGGCCACGUUCGACCUGCCGCAGCUGCUGCAGGGGGGGGGAGGAGGAGGAGGAGGAAAGGGACCCGACCGGAGCACCCUGCACGUCCACGUCCUGCACCGAGCCCUGGUGGGUCCAGACAAGCUGCUGGGUCAGGCUGUCAUCAACCUGUUGCAGCUGAGUGAGGAUCAAGGCCGGGAGAAGACUGAAUGGUUUAAGUUGCUGGACAAGACGGGCAAGCCCGACAAGGAGCGAGGAGAGGUGCUUCUGGACGUGCAGUUCAUGAGGAACAACCUGACCGCCAGCAUGUUUGACCUCUCAGCGGCAGGAAAAUCCCGCUCUCGCCUGGGCAAGAUUAAGGACAAAGUUCGUGGCAAGAAAAAGGAGUCGGACUCGGCGUCGAGCGUCGUGCCGUCCCUAACUCAGGUUCUGACGGACAGCGAAGAGGAGGGAGACGCCGAGGGAAGGGAAGGCAAAGACGGCAAAUCGAAGAAGCACAAGAUGAAGUCUUUGUUUUCUCCGAAGUCCAACCUGCAGAAGAACAUGUCUCAGUCCAUGUCUGUUCUGCCGGGGAAGAACUCCUCUCUGAGCGGCAGCCAGUCAUCUGGUCUGAACGUCGACUCCUCUGAGGGGAAAAAGAAGUUCAAGUUUUCGUUACAUAAACGCUCCGGCAGCUCAGACGGCAAAACCUCCACCUUCGGCCAUCAGAAACAGGCUCCUGUGGAGCAGAGCAACCUGUGCAUCAAUGGAAACCAUGUUUACUGCGAGGAGCCGCAGCCUCGAACGACUCGUGCCGGCUCCAACUUCAGCCUGAUCAGUUCAGGCCACGGAUCCAUGGAGGACGUCCCUGAAGACUCUCCUCCGUCUGUGGACUCUCUGAAAGCAGCGAGACAGUACUCACCCUGGAUGGAAGAGGAGGAAGAUGCAGAUGAGUCAAAGGAGGAAGCGGAAGAGGAGAGACAGAAAAAAGAAGAGACUCUGAGGAGACAGCAGGAGGAGUUGGAGAAAUUUGAAAAGGAGAAGCUGAGACGAGAGGAAGAAAUGAGAUUAAAGGCUCAAAACGAGGAAGAGGAAAGGAAAAGGGGGGAAGAGAUGAGGAAGCAACAAGAGGAGCUGCAGAGGCUGGCUGAGGAGAAGCUAAGAGAAGAGAGAAGAGAGGCUGAAGAGGAGAGAGCUAAAAGGGAGGAAGAAGAGAGAAUAAUAGUUCAAAGGGAGGAAGAGGAAAGAAAAAGAAGAGAGGAAGAAAUGGAGGAGAUGCACAGGCAACAGGUUGAACUUGAGAGGUUGGCAAAGGAGGAAAAGUUGAAACAAGAGGAAGAAGAGAGGAGACGGGUUGAAGAAGAGAGGAUAAAAGUUCAAAGGGAGGAGGAGGAGAGGCUAGCUCAGGAGAAGGCAAGACAAGAAGAGCAAAAACGAUUGGCAGAGGAAAUGAAAAAACUUGAGGAAGAAAAAAGGCAAAAAGAGGAAGAAGACAGGAUUAACAGAGAGGAGGAGGAGAAGGCCCAAGAGAGAAAGAGACAGGAGGAGGAGCACAGAUUGGCUGAGGACAAGAGAUUAGAGGAAGAAGAAAAGGAGAGGGUUAGAAGGGAAAAUGAGAGGGCAGAAGAGGAGAGGAGGCGAAAAGAGGAGCUGGUGAGAAAACAAGAACAAAAGAGACAAAUGGAGGAAGAGGAGAGGGCUAGGAAAGAGAGGGAAGAACAUGAGAAGUUCAUGGAAGAAAAGAGGAGGGUUGAGGCAGAGGAGAAGGCUAGAAAGGAUGAAGAGGAAAGAGCCAGGAUGGAGGAAGAACAAAGGCAGAGAGAGCAGCAGGAAGAGGAGAGGAGGAGAGAAGAGGAGAUGCUGAGGAGACGAGAAGAGCUUGAAAAGUUGGCUCAGGAAAAGCUGAGACAGGAAGAAGAAAGAAGAGAGGCUGAAAGGGCUAAAGAGGAGGAGAGAGUUAGGAAAGAGGAGGCAAGGAAACAGGAGGAGGAAAGAAUUAGGAAAGAGGAGGAAAUGAAAGAGGAGGCAAGGAGACAGGAGGAGGAGAGAGUUAGAAAAGAGGAGGAAAUGAAAGAGGAGGCAAGGAGACAGGAGGAGGAGAGAGCAAGGAGACAGGAGGAGGAGAGAGUUAGAAAAGAGGAGGAAAUGAAAGAGGAGGCAAGGAGACGGGAGGAGGAGAGGCGAGAGGAAGAGGAGAGGAUUAGAAAAAGGGAAGAAAAUGAGAGACUAGAAGAGGAGAGGAGGAGACUAGAGGAACAAGAAAAGAGGAGAAUAGAAGAAAUGGAAAUAAUUAGGAAGGAAGAGCAAGAAAGGAUUAGAAAGGAGGAGGAGAAAAGAGAGAGAGAAGAGAGGGCUAGGAAGGAAAAGGAAGAACUUGAUCGAGUUAGGAACCAAGAGGAACAAGAAAAGAGAAGGAAGGAGGAAGAGGAGCGGGUUAGGAGGGAGGAGACGGAAAGAAAAGAAGCUGAAAAAAAGCAGAAAGAAACCAAAACGAUCGAGCAAAAAGUUGCCAAGAAAAAACUCAAACUAAUUCCCACAGAAAUCCUUUCCACUAAUCCUUUUGAUGAAGACUUCUCUCCGUCUGAGUCAUCGUCCAGCUCUGCUCCUGAACCUCCCAUCUGCUCAACGAAAUCUGAAACUGUUCAAAGAUGCGACUCGGCGGUCCCAUCAGUGACGAGCGUUUCCGCUGAUGAAAAGGACCUGUUUAAUGCUCAGCGGGAGAAAAGACCGGCUCCUAAACCUCCAGGAAGGAGCCAGCCUGAGAAACCGCGACGUGAUCUGUCUGCACUACAACAAAUUAACGAGCAAAGCAAAGAAAAAGAUGUCCGAACGGUCAGCGUUCCUCCUCAGCGCUCGGUGCAAAUGAUCGCUCCGCUGAAUAGUUCCUCCACCAAGCGCCCUGCACCAUCCAGACCGCACUCUGUUGAAGAGCCGUCGUCUAACAAAACCUCUCACAGAGGUGUGCCUGAAACCAAACCAGUCAAAACUUCUCAAAGCUUAAACCCGUUUGAUGACGAUGAAAAUGAGCUCGCAGCCCAGGACGAUGUGACCAAAUCUGCUGCUACCAGCCCACUUCACUGGCCUCCUGCAGAUCCACAAACUGCUGACAAAGAUGACACCUCUCCGGCAAAAGUCAAAUCUUUAAAAGUGGCUCGUGCUCCUGCACCACCUCCUCCCAGCGACUCCUCCUCGAGCCCUUUGAUUUAUCCGAACGAUGGAGGCCCCCUUACAGGUGGCCCAGACCCAACCAUGCCAGACCAAGCAUGUGAUCCAGAACCUGAGGUUAAAAGGACCGUCCAGGUUCAGGAGAGUCCAAAUAAAGACACUCAGCCUGCAAAGGGGCAGAAAGUGAUGGUGGCAGGUGUGAAGGAGGAGGGGCCUCCUGUAAAUUCACGCAGACUUCAAACAGUAAAACCUCUUAAUCCCCUGGAAAAGCAGCCUGCCUCUGUUCAAGAGGAAAAUAACAAAUCCUCAGGUCUGGAUUGUGGCAAAGUUCAACACAACACUAAGGUGAUUACAGGGCCAUACUCUCAGCUGACUCGGGAGGAACUGAUUUCCUUGGUGCUGAAACAGGAGAAGCAGCUCGCCGACAAAGACAAAAAAAUAUCCGAGCUGGAGCUGUACAUCGAUAACCUGCUUGUGCGCGUCAUCGAAGUCCAGCCAAGUAUCCUCAUGUCUAUGAGUUCUAUAAAAUAGGCCAUGAAAGAGUCGGCUCCUUGGAGUCUGAUCCUCAGAGUUAAAGAUGAAAACCUCGGCUUUCAAAGACUCUGAUCUCAUUAGAAGUGGCGUCUGUGGAGUGGUUUAGUUUGACCUGAACACGCUUUUCAACUGAAAUCAAAAAGUAAAGAUGAAAAUAAGUGAAGAUUGAGUUGCUUGGGAUUUAAUUAUACAAAUGUAAAUUAGCUUUUUCUUCACGUGAGACUCUUAAAGGACUUGUAUAUUUGUGUGUUUGAGGCUUUCAUGAGGCACAUUCAUUUCUUUACAGCAUAAGAUACAUAUUUUUUCUAAACGAAUGAAAGCCUUACUUAAUAUGCAUUGUAAAAUGUCUUGUAAUCCUGAAAGUCACAGUAUUCUAUGAUUCUUGCUAACUUCAACAUAACGCACUUUCAACAAAUAAAACACUGAAUUGUUGUACUGUACUGAAGUUACUGAUUUUAAAUUAUAUUUGCUAAAUAAAGUGGAAAAAUAAACAC